CGCCGACGCGUCAAAGACUCGCAGAGGAGCCGGCUAUAAAUACGGCUGCGCGCAACGCACAGUUAGACAUUUUCCCAAAAUCAAACGAAAGACACAACUGAGGAGCAGGAGGCGACCCUGCUCGUACCUCUGAUCAUCAUCUCUGCCUUGCGCUACAUUUCAUAUUUAGUAUCCAGAUAACAAUGCUGGCCGUGGCUGGAUUAUACGUAGGACACGUCGUGGCGGCGGCUCUGUGCUCCGUGCUGCUCACAGGGACGCUGGUCCCGGUGGUGGGGCCAGAGCCGAUUCGCUGCGCCCCAUGUACUCCGGAGAAGCUGAGCCAGUGUCCAGCGGUGGCGCCCGGAUGCGCCGAGGUGUUGCGGGAGCCCGGCUGUGGAUGCUGCCUCGCCUGCGCUCUGAAAGCAGGGGAGCUGUGCGGGAUCUACACGGCGCCGUGCGGCUCCGGGCUGAGGUGCGUGCCGAGACCCGGCGACCCCCGGCCUCUGCACUCCCUCACCCGCGGACAAGCCGUGUGCACGGAGAGCCCUGAGCCCGAGCCCACCCCCGAGCCCCAGACACAAGAUCAUGAAGAGCCAGAGCCGUUGGAGAUGGACAACGCAGCCAUCAUCUCGGACCCCGGCUACAGCCACUAUCUCCCCGGUCACGGCAGGCCGUACGACCCGCGGGCUGCCGCCGACGCUCAGGAGAGCAUGAAAGCCAAACUCAUCGCCAUUCGCAAGAAGCUGAUAGAGCAGGGGCCCUGUCACCUGGAGCUGCAGACGGCUUUGGAAAAGAUUGCCAAAUCCCAGCAGAAGUUAGGGGACAAGUUAACCAGAUUCUACCUCCCCAACUGUGACAAAAACGGGCUUUACAAACCCAAGCAGUGUGAAUCCUCUCUGGACGGACAGAGGGGUCGAUGCUGGUGUGUGAAUUCCUGGAAUGGCAAGAGGAUUUUAGGUUCGACAGAACUGCCUGCAGAUGCCGAAUGCCCUAAAGAGAUCAACCACUGAAGCGGAUCUCAUGAGAAGAAGAAAAAGAAAAAGACGCAAGCCACUGAUGUUUCUUUUAUUUUGAUAGCUGUUUAUUUAUUGCUCUUGUCCAUGGUGGUGUUUAAUUCAGGUACACUGUCAUUGCGGGACUGUGGGUCUCAACCACCCCGAUCCCCUACCCCCCACCUCCUCUUUCUUCAAACACCCAUCCCAAAGAGAGAAAAAAAUAUAUUUUUGUUUUUUCUGAAAAGGAGAUUUUAAUAUUAAUGUAUUUACUCUUCAGCCUUAUUUAUUUCAACUGUAUUGCAUUUUAUUUGUAAUUAUUUCAUAAGUAUUUAUAUCAUCUUGCGUUGCCUUAUUGUUAUUGUUAUAUUAUAAUUAUUAUUUUUAUCUACAUGUAUAAAGUGUAUAUAUGUAUCUUGGCCCUAAGUAACUCCAUUGCUGAGUUGAGCUCGCUCUACCCUUAAGGACUUGUUUGGAGGUUUGCUUGAUGAACCAAGCAAGAACAAAAGCACUGAGUGACCAAAUGUCAUUUAGAAGUAUUUCUGAAUGCUGUUUCUUUUUAAUGUUCCAGUUUGUCAUCGUUUUUGUCUUUGUGUUGUUGCUGUCUUUUUAUUAUUAUUUUUUGUCAGCAAAUGCAAAAUUCUCAGUUGGGAACUCCUUAAAUACUCAGAAAAUGUUCCCCAUGAUCCCGUGGGGAUGCAGAUAACAUCACAGGCGGCGGCUGCCCGCAUUCGCCGCCUCUCAGACGGGUAUUUCAACAUUUACCUACCUCCGAUAUUUACAUGUCUGUUGUCACCUGUGUUGAUGUCAUAAAAAAAGAUUUGCUACUUUAUACACGUUGCCAUUCCUCUCUGACCAACAAGAAAAAGAGAGAAAAAAAAAGAGCCCCGCUGUGUGCGCUGGCUCGACUCUAGCCACAUGCUGCUGUUGGAGAGAGAAUUAUUGUUUAUGUGAGUCUAUUCCAAAGUGACUAACUGCUCACUCGUGUGUAUGUACACUUUUGUAAUUGAGAUGUAAGAGAGAGACAGAGAGAAAAAGGUGAUAUAUUUAAUAAAAACAUUAACCUCA